AUGUUUGUGGAGAAGAAUACUUGUCUGGAGCCGCUUUUUGGUAGUACUUCUCAAAAUAAUGAUGGUGGUAGUUUCGAAAUUACUUUUACAUCAGAGACAGUAGCGGUGACAGGAAUCAGGAGGCCGCUUGAUGGUGGCGAGUGUGUUUUCCUCUCUACUAGCAGGAAGCAAGUAUGGUGGUCAGGAGGAAAGCGGAUUCUUUUGAAUCCUAAAGAUAUGAUGGCUGGACUCAUUGAGGAAGCUUUCCCAGAAUUUCAUCUCAUACCUCAUUUUCUAUCAUAA